GCAUUCAGCCAACCAGGAAAAAGGGACUUAAGAUCGGCACAGUACCGCCUCUGCCAGGGACCUUUGUUCUGCCCCUCGAUCUCCCACAAAAUACCAAAACAAGCCAAUGAUCCGCGACUAUAAUAACCUCCGAUCGGUGCGUUAUAUAAGCUAAUGGCUGUAGUUUUAUCGCGGAACAUAACUACAAACUGCGAGCUACGUUUGAGUGGAGAAAUCCAACACAAGAGCCCACCCCGGGAACCAUUUUUGUCAUCUGCCAAUGGAAACAAAACACGAAGAUGAGAACGAGAGCCGGCAAGGUAAUGGACUCCCGAUGCGCUACCUCCGUCUGCUGGCACCUCCGUUGCAGCUCCUGUCUGCAACCAUGUGGCAGGUCGUGCAACAGGGCCUUGUGCAACAUUAUGGGAUGUUGGAGGAGUUUGUUACCAUGGUGACAGAGCUGGUUCCGGAGCUCAUGAGCUACAACCAGAGAGCACAGCUGAUUCUGGGGCUGCGGGCCAGGCUUGUUUUGGAGAUGUGUCGAGGAGAAGAGCCACUGGACACAAAUGACAUUCAAAACCAUCUGGAUAGAAUUAAAGCCCCAAGCACCGCAAAGGAUCAGCCUGAACAUCUUGACCGGGUGGAAGAAUCCCAAGUGAAAUUUGUUGAGCUUGUACAUUCAUUAUUAAAGAAUUCUUCAAAACGAAAACACUUUUUUCAAGAUAUCUUCCCUGAUUAUUACGGCCCAAAGUUCGACACCGCUCUGGAGAUGUUGGUUUGGGAGUUCAUCACGAGGCUGGAGGAGCUUCUGCCUGCUCCAGACUUCACACAGGUUGCGGCUCUGCUCGGCGAUGCUCCCUGUCUGUUAGAGGAUUGUUUACAAUCGUUCUUCGCUCCAGAGGAAAUGAAGGCUGUGGUGGAACAUCACCGAAAUCUGGGAUUCUUUGAGGAGAAAGACUCCAGACUUUUGCCAAUGGACGAUUGUAUCCUCUCUGCUCUCUCUCUUCCGUCUGAAGCCACACCCACUCCAGACUCUGCCCUCUUGGAGCUGACCCCAAACCCCGAGCUGGACCACCAGAGGAACAGCAGCAUAGACCAGAGCCUCAGUCCCAGUAAAACUAAUGAGCCUGCAAAUGCUGACAUUGGAGACUUAACCUCCUCCAUGGACGACGUGAGCAAGUCCAGUCAGGUCACAGGGGGCAGGGUGCUGAGGAAGAGGAAGCAGACCGACUAUAAAGACAUUCCCCGGAAACAACCAGCUAAGGCCUUACCACACAGGAACUCCUCAGCGGAUGAAGACAAUUCAAGUGACUCUCCUUUGAUCUCAAUAUGGGGAGAUUACACAGACAGUCCCAAACCAUCAGUGGGCUCAGACUCUAAGGUGCACUGGUCCGAUGAGGAGACUGUGAUUCUAUUGGAUGUUUGGGGUAUGAACGUUGUGAAUCCUCGACGACUGAAGAACCGACAGCUUCUGAGUCAGAUCUCCCAUAAACUGUGUGAGCACGGGUACCGGAGGACGCCCGAGCAGUGCAAGUCCAGAAUCAAACGCCUACGCAGAUACUUCACACAAGUCAGCAGCAGUGUGAACGGUAAAGUGGAGUGUAAGUUUUAUGACCAGUUGGAGCGAAUCCUCAGUGCAGAUCCAGACUCCACAUGUGACGCAGACGAUGGAGACGAAGAAGAAAACCAAGAAAUGGAUGACGACCUGCAGUUUAUCGAACAGAACCUGCCUCUGGACAUCUCCACGGAUAUGGUUUCUUCCAGUGCUCGCACCACUUGGUCCGACUCAGAGACCCUGGCCCUGAUCAACAUUUGGGGGGAGAACAAGCACCAGGUGGGGUCCAGCGGGGGUCACCGUGGAGCUCAGCUGUUCAACAUUGUCUCAAAGAAGAUGGCUGCUCUGGGAUAUUUCAGGACGCCGGAUCAGUGCCAGACGAGGAUGAAAAGACUCAAGUCGAGGUUCAGGCAGAGCUACGACAGCAACUGUGUUGGAGGAGGGCAGGACCGUGUCUUUUCUGAGCUGGCCCGGUUUAUGCCGAGGGACCACUCUCUGGAGGACGAGGUGGACAGGGCCUUGGAGGAGCUGCAGGACGACGACCUGUCUGCUUACUUCAACCAGGACCUGGAUGCCGUUUUCAAUCUUCAGGAAGAGAGAAAAAAAGUGACUUGGUCAGACAAAGAGACUGUUCUACUACUGGAGAUCUGGGGCGAUCCACAGGUUCAACAGGACUUAAAGCGCUUCCCUCAUAACUCUCCAUUUUAUAAUGAGAUUGCGGAGAAGUUAGCAGGCUGUGGCUAUCGUCGCAGCGCAGACCAGUGCUACACUCGAAUCAAGCGCCUUAAAGCUCUGUAUCGAAACUGUCUGGACAGAUUGGAUAAAGGAGGGGUCAAAUCAGAUUUUAAAUUUUAUAACAUUCUGGAGAAGAUCCUGGGCAGCCAACCAUCAACAUCCUCAACACCUUCAACUCCCUCCACUAAAGUAACAGACACUAUAGAGAUCUCUGAGGACUCCAACAGUGACUCAGUGCCUGAAAUAGAUGGAGUAAGCUUGUCCACUGAGAUGGGUUACUGGUCGGAUGUGGAGGUUCGGACGCUGAUUGAUAUUUGGGCGGAGGAGGAAGUGAAAAAAUCUCUCACGGGUGAAGUUCAAAACGGACAGAUGUAUUCAAAUAUCAUACAGAAAAUGAUGGCUCUUGGCUUCUCCAAAACCUACAACCAAUGCUGCUUAAAAGUCAAGGAGCUGAGGAACAAUUUUCACCAAUGCUAUGAAAGGAAAAAGGCUGGUAAAGUGGUGGAAUACAGGUUUUAUGAUCAGUUAGAGCCAAUACUCGAACCUUUGAUGGAAGAUCCUGACGAGAAAGAUGAAGAGACGGAAAAUCGUCCAGUAGCCGACAGUGUGAGCUCAGUUUGGGAGGAGCCUGAGACCAUUGCGUUCCUACAGAUCUGGGCAGCGGACGACAUUCAACAAAACCUCAAAUCUUCUUUCCGAAAUGGACGAAUUUACGCCGAAAUCUCAGAGAAAAUGUCCACUCUAGGAUACCACAAGUCGGCCGAGCAGUGCCAUGACCACAUUACCAAACUAAAAAAAAACUACAGGCGAUACUGCAGAGGGGGUUCCCGUAGGACUGUGUUUCCCUACCUCCACAUCAUGGCUCCAGUUCUGGGAGGUUUGGGGUUCAGUUCAGAUGCCGAUGCUGCAGCUUUUGACUCUAACCAGGAUGUCUACAUGGACAAGGACCAGGAUGUCUAUGAGCAGCCUUCCACCAGUCAGCCAAUGUCAGACCAAGGGAAAAAGGCCACAUGGUCAGACACGGAGACCCGACUUUUGCUGAAGAUCUGGGGGGAAGACAGGAUCCAGAUGACACUAAAGGGCUCCUUAAAGAACCGCCAUGUUUAUGACCACAUCUCUACUGCCUUGAGUGAAUACGGCUUCACCCGCAGCGCAGACCAGUGCUACACACGCAUCAAACGCCUCAAGGCAGGAUACCACCACGAGAAGGCAGAUUUCAGGUACUACAAAGAGCUGCAAGAGAUUCUGCAGAAACAACCCAAAGCCGACACUUCAUUUGAAGAGGUGCCUCUGCCCGACAUGAGCCUCCCCGACCUAUCCUUUUCCGACAUGUCUUUCAUAGAGGACCCAGACCCAAACAAAGGUGUAUGGACCGGAGAUGGCACUAAGGUUAUCUGGAGCGAUAAAGAGACUAAAGUGCUGCUGGACAUCUGGGCGAGUGAAGCCGUGCAGCAGAACCUAAAGGGAAGCACCAAGAACAAGCACAUCUUUGAGCAGAUCUCCAGAGCCAUGAUGAGUCAUGGAUAUAUGCGCAGUGCCGACCAGUGCCAGAGCCGCAUCAAGAGGCUUCGGGCCGGCUUCAAGAGCGCCAUCGAUGGACGCAAAGGCGGAAAGCAGGAAGUGAAGUUCUUCAACCAUCUGAUGCGAGCUUUUGGAAACAAGUACCUGAACGCUACAACUGAGGGAGUAGUCGAGGACGGAGAUUUUUGAAACAUCUCAUCACCACACAGCCAUAGAGAAGACACAGAAACCUCAACCGAAGAUACUAAAAUACAGUUUCUUGUUUACAAACUUUCAAUGCAUUUUAUCUGUUCACACAGCUCUAGCCUUUUCAAGAGUGUGCUGUUGAAUUGGCCUUAACUUUAAUGAAAAUAUGAGCUAACUGAGUCCGUCCUACUACAUGAGUGUUAAUGUUUGUAGCAUUUGGCUGCAUUUUGAAAGUUGGUACUUAAUUUUUAAUUGUAUGAUUUAGAAUGAAUUGUGUUGUAUGUGCAAGUAUUCAAAAUUUAUCUUUUUUAUUUAAGUAAUUAUUUAUAUUUAUUAUUCAUAUUUUAAGCUGGUCUCAUACAUUUCAGUUACGUUACUACUACAAGUUCAAGUUGUAAUUCUUUAUUGCUUAAAGGUGCGCUAUGUACCUUUUCUAGUAGAGGGUCCACCACCUGCUUGCUUUGAUUAGAAUAUUCCACAGUUAAACUUAUCUUAUGACACUACUAGGAAAGUUACAGAUCAAAUCUAUGGAGAAGCAAGUUUGCUCACACUAAGAAUGCAUGUUUUUGAGGUAUAUUUUCCAGCAAUAAAAACACCUGUAAUUGAAUAAAUGCAAGAUAAGAUUAAUGCCAUACUGCAGAAUGUUCCAGACAAGGCAUUAACAUCUCCAUGGUGACAAAGCGGGAAGCGAACCCCCCAUCAGAAAAGUUACACAGUGUAUCUAAAUGCCAAAAGCCUAAACUUUAAAACUGAUUUGUUUUAAUUUUUCUACAUAUACAUGUUCAUUUGUCAUUGAAAGUUACACACUGGUUAAAGUUGCUCGACAAUUGUCUUUAUAUCAACUGGACUCAAACUACCUGCUCUAAAAGAAGAAUUUUAUCUGAAUGGUUAUUGUCCUCAAUGCUUUUGUAAGACCAAUAAAGCUUCACUGUUUAUAACUUUCCGGAAUUUGG